GUCGAUGGAGUAAAAUUGAUAAAAUUGUGCAGAAUAGUCGGAAUGUUUCCGGGAAUGUCAAACUAACUAAUAACAAAGAUGGCCACUUUUGAGGGAGCAUGAUCAUUUUAAUUCCUUCAAGUGCUCAAGAAGUAGUUCGUGUUAAAAAGAUUACAACGACUAUACGUGGCCCAGUUUGGUCGUUAGGCAAAAUAUGAAGUUAAUGUUGAGACGGCGGUGCUAGUAAAUUUUGUGAUAAAAGUGUUAACCUGUGAGUGAAAAAAAAACACAUCAUACGGAAACAUGGGUUCAACAACGGCCUUGAUAGAAAAUAAUGACAUUGCAGCGAAUAAUCAAAUAAUUUAUUUCAAAAAAGUUGGAAGUGCUGUGUUUUAUGGUGUCGCAUCGUUUAUGAUUACGGUUGUCAAUAAAACCGUUCUCACCAGUUAUCACUUUCCAUCAUUUUUGAUGCUCAGCAUUGGUCAAAUGACAGCCUGCAUCGUAUUGCUGUACUUUGCGAAACGUUUCGGAAUUGUGUCGUUUCCAGAUCUCGGACGGGACACGGCCCGCAAAAUAUUCCCGUUACCAUUGAUCUACUUGGGUAACAUGAUGUUCGGAUUGGGUGGAACACAGGCGCUCAGUUUACCAAUGUUUGCCGCAUUACGACGAUUCUCCAUUCUGAUGACAAUGAUUUUGGAAUUGAAAGUAUUGGGCGUACGACCGUCGACACCUGUACAGAUUAGCGUUUAUUCAAUGAUUGGCGGAGCACUAUUGGCAGCCAGUGACGAUUUAACUUUCAACAUGGAAGGCUACACUUAUGUGAUGAUAACGAAUGCCCUGACAGCUGCCAAUGGAGUGUUUGUGAAGAAAAAAUUGGACAGCAUUGACAUGGGAAAGUAUGGUCUCAUGUACUACAAUUCUCUAUUCAUGAUACUACCAUCCGUGUUGGGAGCCUACGUUCUUGGUGAUAUUGAUAAGGUGUACGCUUUUGACUCGUGGCACGACCCACUGUUUCUAAUUCAAUUUCUGAUGAGUUGUGUCAUGGGCUUCAUUCUGUCGUACAGCACAAUUUUAUGCACGCAGUACAAUUCUGCAUUGACUACAACGAUCGUGGGCUGUUUGAAGAACAUUUGCGUGACAUAUCUGGGAAUGUUCAUUGGCGGUGAUUACGUAUUUUCCUGGUUGAACAGCAUCGGAAUCAAUAUCAGUGUAUUCGGUAGUUUGCUGUACACAUAUGUGACUUUUCGGCGGAAAGACUCGUCGCGAAAAAGUAAUGCACCGGAAAAGGUGGACGUUGUAUACAAUCAUACCAUCAUGCCACUUAAUCUAAUAUGUCUACAGCAUUCCCAGCAAUUUAAUAUCAUCACUCCGAAAAUAUUAACCUUAUCUGCUGCUGUGGUUUUAUCGAAAGUUCAGAGAACAUGCCGACCACUAAUUCAUCUCAACCGUUUUUCAACCACCACAACCGCAGACGACGCUCAAGAACCACUCAUUGAACCAGAUAAAUUUACAAAAGAAUUUUUAUCAAAUCGAAUUCCGGCUUCGCAAUUUCAAAAAAUACUUUUAAGUGCCGGAGCAUCAUUGGCAUCGUUGAUCGAUCCACACAGGCAUGACAUGAUAGCAUGUUUGGGCGAAACAACCGGAACUGAUGCCUUGUAUCGUAUUUUAGAUCAAAUGAAAAGUUGCGAUGAAGGUCAACGAAUAUUGGCAGAAAAACCUCGGAUCAAUUCUAAUGACAUCGAUUUGGAAUCUCUAGGUAAAUUGCCGGAAGAUACCUUCGGAUUUCAUUACAAACAAUUUUUGGAUGACAAUCACGUAACACCUGACUCACGAAUGCCCGUACGUUUUAUGGACGAUCCGGAAUUAGCCUACGUAAUGACAAGAUAUCGAGAGUGUCACGAUUUGGUGCACACCAUUUUGGGCAUGCCGACAAACAUGUUGGGAGAAGUGAGUGUUAAAUGGGUGGAGGCUUUAAAUACAGGACUACCGAUGUGUUAUGGAGGAGCAGUUUUUGGAGCAAUGCGACUGCGACCAAAACAACGACAGUCCUACACUAAAUAUUAUUUGCCAUGGGCUCUAGAAUGCGGGAGGAAAGCCAAACCGUUACUGACCGUGUAUUGGGAACAACGAUGGACGCAACGAAUCGAUGAGUUGAGAAGCGAGUUGAAUAUUAGUCUGUUAAAUGUUCCUACUGCGACUGUACAGAAAUAAAGAAUUGGCGGAAGUACAGGUCCUGGUCUAGAGAAACUUUGUUUAAUUUUGAUCGAUUGCAGUUUUCUCACAGCUGGACGGCUAUUUCGCUGACCGCAAUAAUUAUAGGUGUUCUGGCUCAUAUAUAUUUGUUCUUUAGUGCAUCGUUCCUUCUGUCGUUCGGCUUCAGUUACAGUCAAUAUUCGUAUUACUUGUACAUUUACGGAUUAAUUUUGAUGCCCGUUGCCUGCAUCGGAAUAGCUGUAACAUUUCGACAUAGCUACAGACUCACCAAAUUUUAUACACAUCUGUUAUCAACUUUGACUGUUAUCGAAAUUAUUGGCAUUAUCAUAUCGGCCGCUUUUUAUCCGUUCCUGGAACGUCAUAUUCGAAAUAUUCUGCAGGAUACCAUAAACGACUGCGAUGUUACAAGCAUUGCCCAUUACGCCAUUGUUCAUGUUCAGAUGAUUUUUAAAUGCUGUGGCUUAAAUCAUCCCGAUUCCAUGACAAACGACACGAGGAUACAAACGAGCUGCUAUUCUCACGACAAAUACACCGUUUACGAUUCUUACUGCUAUCCAGAAAGAUUUUACGAGGUCAACUGCUUCACUCGAGUUUACAAUGAUUGUCUAGAGACAUUGUUCAUAAUUCUAGUGUAUGCAGCAAUUACGAUCAUUACGCAGGGAAUUACGAUUUACUUUGCUGCACUACAUGGACUACAUAUUCAACGAGAAAGGAAUAAUGCUAUUGAGUUAGCCACAACAGCAGACGAUGUAGUUAUGAGUCGGUUUAACAGGAAAUAUGAUUUUUCUUAAGAAUGAGAGUACAGAUUACGGAAUGACGAAAGUUUUUCAUAAAA